AUGUCUAACCCUGUUAUUCACCACCACUCUGAAGGUCCCCAGACCAACUUCAACCGAGGCCCGCUCUGGCUCCACCAGUCCCCAUACUGGCCGCCUGGCAGUGGAUGGCCCACUCCACCCAGAGGCACUCGAUCUCUCAUGGAUACAGCCAUCAGAAUUGCAACCAAGGACCAGUCUCUGCUGACACCCGACUUGUUCAAAAAUAUCCCAUGGCAUAUUGCAGAGGAGAUAUGGAACCAUCUGGCGCAAUUCAACAAACAAACACUCUUCAUGUGGAGAGUGAUGGCAAUAAACUAUGAAGAAUUCCGCAAAGAAACCCCGUCAUAUAUUUUCACUGCUGACAACAUUGCUUUGCCGAUCGCCCAGUACUAUGACCUGCUGGAUACCAAGCAGUGCCAAUGGCGAGCUAUGCUGUCAGUGUCGUCUGAUCUAACAGGCAAUCCUGAGUUGGUUGCAUUGGCCCGAAUGACAAACUUGGUUGCCCUAGAAAUCAAUCAGCACAUGAGUCCCCGACCCAUUGGUCGGCCAUCUCGGCCAUCUCAGAUGCAAAGGGCUGAGAAUGCUCCCCGGGAUGGUAUCAGUGACAGUGUUGUUCUCAGCUGGCUGGAGAUAGUUGAAUCACAAAACACACUGCAGCACCUUCGUGUCUUGCGAUUGAAUAGUCAGAAACUGGUCAACUGGAGGACAUUCCAUCAUCUCAGCCGACUCCCAGAACUCCAGAUCAUCAUCCUCUACGACUGUGAUCUAAUCACAAGGUCGUUGCAGCAAGAUAAGGGGGGACCUGUAUACCAUGGUGAUUGGUAUUGCAUGACACUCACCAAGGCUAUGUCAUUGAACCGGGACGCAUGCAAGGUGUGGUCACCAUUGUUGGAGAUCUAUAAGAGCUCGUUUGACGCAAACUUCUUUCACAACACGGGGCACCGAGUAGCUACUCCAUCAACGCUAGACAGAGAUCUCCCAAUGAUGGAGUUUCAGCUACCCACUGUCCAUCCUGCUGGGGAGGAUAGACAGGCCCGAAGGGCCCAGGCAAACAGAUGGAACUGCCCGUCGGAGAUGUGGGACAAGAUCGUCAUCCUACAGAAGAUCUCCCUCAAACCUCAGGCAGGUCUCAAGAGAAGGGGCCUGGAUGUGCCUCAGUCCAGAGCCGUCAAGCCACGCGUCAUGAAGGACCGUGGUGGCCCGGACUUGAGCACCAUGUUAGGAGAGUUUGCUUGA